GAAAAAAAAAAAAGAUAACGUCGUCGUUUACAAUUACAAGCAUGGUUUUAACUUUUUGAAGCAUAAGACCCUUCCCUAAACACAGACACAAAUUUCGCAAAAAUCAUCAAAUCUGGAACUGGAAUUGGAGCGCCUCUUCGUGAUUUCCCUUCCACCAUUCAUAUUUCUUAUUAUUGAGCUUCAACCGCUAAACCACUGACACAAGAUUAUCAGAGUAUUCUUCCUACGUCUUUUCAAUUAAAAAAAUCAAUAUGUUCUACAGAGGGUUUUCCAUAGUACUUUUGAGUAUGAUGAAAUUUUUCUGGGAUACUCUCAAAUCUCAAUGUUGGGAAGUAAAUAUACUGAUGGUGCUGAUGGGCGUGAAAUGGGUGCAAAACGUCAGCGGAUAAUUGAUCAAGGCCCUUCAUUCUAUAGUAAUUCUCCAGGUUCAAGCUUUAUGUACACUGCUCCUCCUCCGUACUCAUAUGUUAGCCAACCUCCACCUUUCCCUGUUGUUCGACUUCGUGGUCUUCCCUUCGAUUGCACGGAGGCUGAUGUGGCUGAGUUCUUCCAUGGUCUGGAUAUAGUUGAUGUCCAUUUUGUCCAUAAGAACAACAAGUUCACUGGUGAAGCUUUUUGUGUUUUGGGUUAUCCUCUUCAAGUUGAUUUUGCCCUUCAGAAGAAUAGGCAAAACAUGGGCAGGAGAUAUGUAGAGGUUUUCAGAAGUAAGAGACAGGAAUAUUAUAAGGCAAUAGCUAAUGAAGUGGCUGAUGCUCGUGGUGGUUCACCUCGCAGAAAUGUUCCUAGGGCCAAAUCUAGCGAUGAAACAAAGGAUUCAGCUGAACAUACAGGGAUAUUGAGAUUGAGGGGAUUGCCAUUUUCUGCAGGAAAAGAUGAUAUUAUGGAGUUCUUUAAAGAUUUUGUGUUAUCAGAAGAUGCAAUUCAUAUAGUAUUGAAUUCAGAGGGAAGGCCAAGUGGGGAAGCAUUUGUGGAGUUUGCCAAUGCAGAAGAUUCUAAAGCUGCAAUGGUGAAGGAUAGGAUGACACUUGGGAGUCGUUAUAUUGAGUUGUUCCCGUCAUCCCCUGAGGAGAUGGAUGAUGCAAUUUCAAGAGGACGGUGACUCUUCUGAUAAAUAUCUUUGUUUUUAUCUGCUUUAAACUUGUUAUGAUUUUGCACCUUGUUGUUUUUCUUUCCAGCUGGAAUUUUCUUUACUAGUUUUCUCGAGUCAAUAGUAAGAUACCUUCUAAGCGUUUGAGAGCAGAUUGUCUAUGUAUGGGUUAAAUACAAGAGGCUACAUUCUUAAGUAGGCUUUUAUUUGAUCUAUAGUCUUUGAUUGUGGCUUAGAAAAAGGGUACAAGUCUUAUAUCCUGUGGGCAUUUUAGGCCAACUGGAUGAUAAGUUUGCUGUGCUAUGUUAGUUGUAACUUUAUCUUCAAUCUGUUAGGUAAAACAUGUAAAAUUUUGUAUCAUUGUCAGGAUUCUUUUAAUAUUUAUAAUAGGGUAAAACCAGUGUAUGAACAAGUUUAUAUCUCAUUGUUUGGAAGAUUUGGCUCUUUUUAUUUUGCUUUGACAUUUUGUUAACCAAGAGACCUGAUAUUUAUUUUCCUUCCAAAAAAGGGUUCCAAAAUGUUAAAAGAAGCAUGGUUGGAAGAGAAAGGGCAUAUGUA